AUGCUCUCCAAGCCUAGCAGAGUCACAGGAGAGACCACCGACACUCUCUGCACAAACGGCAACCAACAGCCUGUUCCUGACAGGGCAGGACAUUGCCUCGAUAGUGCCAUAGAAAAAGAUCUCGGUGCUAGGGACAAGGCCUCGGGUGUCUCAAACACUGCACCCGCCAAGGGAGUGUGCGUUAAUGACCUUAUGGGCAAUGUCCCGGAGUCAGACAAGGCUGAAAUGCUGGGCAGCCGUGGCCUCACUGUUGAAACUUCGGGAUAUCCUGAAGUUGAUGACCCCGUUGAUCCAGCAAGGGUCCUCACUCGACAAGACCUUACCAAGCAGCGCAUCAUCUUCCUCGGUGCUAUCCUGCUGCUCAACAUCAUCCUGGCCAUCACAGCGAUACUAGGAAAGGAAUCCAAGGUGGCUCUAGCGAUGAUAUACUUCAUCAAAAGCAAAGACUUUCUUUCCUCCAUCAUAUCCCCCGUGGGCCUUGCGUUUACCAAGGUGUACCAGACACUCUGGCCCCCAGACCCCAUCACACAGCGCUGGAUAUUAUCCCUGAUACCGGCAUACUCGGAAAGCGAAGAACAAAUCGUCAAAACCAUAUUUUCGCUUCGCGACAACGGCACAGAGCCUCAUCGCCAGGUCAUGGUGGUGAUACUUGACGGACAGCCCCGCGACAUCCGAGGAAAUAUGACACGGGUCAUCACUCAACUCGAGAGAGCAUAUAUAUCCUUCAAGUGGAAAAGGGGAACAUUGCGGAUAAUUGCCGGCUACAUGGAAGACGUUCCCGUUAUUGUUCUCGAAAAGCUCAAGAAUGGCGGCAAAAAGGACUCGCUUAUCCUGUGUCAUGAUCUGUUCAAUUACAUCCGCCCCAACGCGCCGAUUUAUACGAGGCUCUUGAGAGAAGAGAUAUGGACUCACAUCUUGCCGUCUCUGCUGUCGGAAACAGAUCAGUUCCAAGGCUUUGAUAUGGUGUUUUGCACCGACGCAGACUCUACGAUUCACAAGGGUGCAUUAGCCAAGCUUGCAAAUGCUCUGUGCCGCAACAAGAAUGCCAUUGCAGCCUGCGGCCUUGUUCUUGUGGAGCUGGAGCCAGGAUACGAAUGGUCCGUCUGGAACCUGUACCAGCAAUUUCAGUACACCUUUGGCCAGUACGUUCGCAGAAGAGCAGAACACUACAUCGGAAAGGUCACAUGUCUUCCAGGCUGCAUCACCAUGAUAUCUGUUAGGGAGGAGAUGGGAGGGGCUAUCCAAAAGUAUGCAGAGCCUAUUACGGGGGCUUUGGUGCUCUCACAUCAAGUGCAGUAUCUUGGAACUGAUAGGAGACUGACCUACUCAAUGCUUUCUCAAGGGAAGCACCUGCACACGCUCUUUGUCCCUGACGCCGUGAGCGAAACAGUCGCUCCCCAGUCCCUACAGCAUUAUCUUAGCCAGCGGCGCAGAUGGGGAUCAAACGCCUACUUCAACAAUUACUUCUAUCUCGGAGGUGAGAGAAUGAUCCUGAUUACGAGAAUAGCAGCGACUAUUGAGGUGGUUCGGUUAAGCCUUGUCUACUACCGAGUUCUCAACACGAUCAUGUUCCUCAGACGGGUCAGCCACGGAGUGCCGGUCUUGAAACUCAUCCCGAUGCUUGUCAUCGGCCAGUUGCCCUCUUGCUGGUUUUUCAUCUCCGUUCUGAUCGAGCGGGAGCUCAGACGCCGAGCACAUAAGCUAGUGCUGGGGUUCUGCAUUAAUAAAUGCAUUUCUCCAAUAAUGUCAAUCAUCAUAUUUACAAAAGUAGCCAUCAAUCUUGGCAGCCAAGCAUGGGGUAUGUCAGGUGUAACUGCUUCUUCAGCGCCAGCAGCAGCUACUGCAGAUACCGGUGGCCUGACGGACAACAAUGUAUUGAACGCUUCGGCUAUGGGAGCAAUAGAGGCACAGGUGGAUGCUGCAAUCACUGCCAGUGAAUAG